UCGACUGUACCGAUUUAGUGAGCGUCGCGCUAACACUGUACUAACCGCGCAAUAUUUUUAUCAACACCGUCACAGUCGAUUACGUACACGUGUUUUUACUAUUUUUUAAUUUAUCAUGCCCAAUAAAGUUAUUUCGUGGUUAGAAGAGACCGAAGAAGUUUUUUUAGAUGACUUAGACGAUACCGAUGCUGAUCCUAGUUAUGUAGAUCCCGCCGAAUUACGUGAAAAUGAGUCUGAUAGUGACAUAAUUCUAGGUACGGUGUAAUUUUUUAAGUUAAUCGAUCAAUUAAUAAUAAUAUAUAAAGUGAAGUGUGAGCGUCACGCUCACAGUGUAACAAUUAUGUUACGAAAUAUAUGUGUACCAACGACGGGUUAAAUGUAUAUAUUUGUAAAUAUUAUUUUAGGUUAUUUAAAUGGAAACAAUUCUAAAUUUAGAAAACAUGGAAAUCAUCCCCGAGGCAAAAAAUUUGGAACAAAUAGAAAAUAAUGAAAAAAACAUACAGGAAAAAAACAUACAAGAAAAAAACAUACAGGAAAAAAAUGAGACAAAAAUAAUUUUAAAAAAAAAUAAUAAUAAAAGGUACAAUCCAUAUAACAAUAGUAGUACACCUAAAAUAAUAGAAAAUGGAAAUAUUGUACAUAUACACAUCCACACAAAAUCCGCAAAUUUUGGAAUAGUAAACCCCCCAAAAUUAAAAUGCUACCGGUGUCGAAUGAUGGGCCAUAUUGCUCGCGAUUGUAAAAAACCAAAACGUAAGUACCAUAAAUCUAAGUUACUAUUUGAAUUUACAGUCUUGGAUGGUACUCAAAAAGAAAUAUUCCAAUUAGUGCAUUUUAAAUAAUUAUUUAAAUAAAAUCAUUUAUGUUAUUAGCAGGGCUCGGGACUUAUAGCAUUUGCUAAAAAAUGCUUGUUUUUGAUAUUUUUGACGGUUUUUUCAAAAAACGCUUAUUUUCAGUUUUUUCUGCUUUUUUCGAUGAUUUAAUAAAAAACAAAUGCUUGUUUCUUGUUUUUUCUGUUUUUGUACAUUAAAAUAUUUUCUUUAUGACGCAGCCUAACCAGGUUUUUUUUAUUGGUUUUUGAUAGAUCUAAUAAGGAAAAUAAUUCAAUUGCUUCCUUGUUAAUAGGGUUUUG